AAGCAAAAUCCCGGGAAAUUUAAAUACUAAAAAGAAAGAAAAGCAAACCCUUCAAUAAUCCCCAGAAAAAAGUGAUGACCCUUUACUUAGGCGUUGCGUCUUCUCCAGAAACCCAGAAGGAGAGCGAGUUUCAAUGGAGGAUCUCAAUUCUGAGAUUUCAGGUUUCUCAUGCUCCAUUCCUUCUGAACCUCCUGACAUAAGGAACUGGUUUUCUUCUUACAAGUAUGAAUCUUUUGUCUUGGAUACAUGCGAGAAUUUCGGAGGAUUUUUUUCAGAAGAAAGGGAAAGCGACAAAUAUGAUUUGGGUGUAGGAAAAAUUAAUAGAGAAAAAGAAGAAAACUUUGAUGGGUCUGCUGCAGAAAUUAGAGAAGCUGAUGAACAUGACAACUUUAACUCUAAGGAGGAUUCAUUACAUUCCCUUUCAGUCCUUUCUGAGCCUCCUGAUAUCAGAAAAUGGUGUUCAAGCUAUGUGUACGAGUCUCCUUUGUUGGACACCAAUGAUGGUUUCAAAAGAGAUAUUUCUAGUAAAAAUGAAUGUGUGGAAGAUGAACUUGUCAAUGAAGAAUGCAUCAAUGAUUUUGCGGAUUCAGAUAAAUUUCAACAAAAUACCUCUGACAAGAUUUGCUCAAUUAAAGUGAUCAAAUGCAGUAGUUCAUUGGUAGAAAGGGAGAAUGAAUCACACCCUCUCUUUUCUGAACCUCUAGAUAUUGGAAAUUGGUUCCCGGACUAUGUGUAUGAGUCACCUGUAUUGGAUACAGAUGAUGAAUUUGAAGACAGUGUUUCUGAAAACACAGAACCAAGUCGGGAUAAAUUUGUUGUUAAAGACAGCAAGAGACAGAAACGAGAUAAUUUCAAGACAACAACAAAAACAGGUUGUAGAGAUGAGGUGGUUGCUGGUAAGAAGAUGUUCUCAAAUGGAUUUGAGGAAUGUAAUAGCCCCAUCAGACAUGAUGAGCAAGAAAAGAAGUCCACUAGUAAGGAUUUUGGUGAGGUCAAACCAACACAUGGAAGCAAUGACAAAGAAAAUGGUUUCAUCACAACAAAGAAGAACAAGUUUAUAAGAGCAAAUGAUGAAAAUUAUCGGAGAGAAGCAGGAGAGAUUGUGUUACAGGGUUCAGGAAAAACAACAGGUGGUGAAAAGGAUUAUGGGGUGACGAAAAGAAAGGUGUUGGCUGAAACAACCAAUGUAAAAGUUGAGCAACAGUGUGAGGCAAAGGCAAUGGAGAUAAUGGGAAAAUGGCGUUGUCCUCGGAAAAGCAAGCCACCCCGCGGCCCCCCACUGAAGCAGCUUCGACUUGAACGAUGGAUUAACAGGGUGUGACCUUAUGAAAAAGGCACAUUUGCAGAAAUCUUGUUCGUUGUCAAGGAAAAAAACGAUGCUGUAUAAUCAUUUCUUUAGCAUUAACAGAAUUUUAAGUUGAGUUUUUUCAUUAUUAUUGUUAGGAUUUUAACCCGAUUAAGUAAUGAACAAGAAAAUAGCAGAAUAAAUUGAGAAA